UUCGGUCUGGGGGCGGUGUCCUUGCCUGGGUUUGUGCAGCGCGGCGCCGCGGAGCAGAGUGGAGCGAACGCGCCGGGCCCGCGCAGCCCGGUCCGGCCCCGCGAGCCGACAUGGGGCCCGCCGGCCGCCUCUCCGCGCUCGGGCUGCUGCUGCUGAGCGCCCUGCUGGUAUGCACCCGGUCUCAAGAUCAAGAGUCUGUGUUUGCGAUUGUGGGAGAAGAGUUUACUUUUUCACCAAAAUUUAAGGGUGCUAUACGCGAAAUUACCUGGAUGAAAAGAAAAAAUAAAGUGGCUGAAUGGGAAAGUGGUGGGUUGCUUACGUAUUUUUCUAGCUUUGAAGAAAGAGGACAGCUUGACACAUCUUCUGGCAAUUUGACCAUCAAAAAGUUAAACCUUCAUGAUGCUGCAGAGUAUGAGGCACAGGUUCUAACUGCUGACGAUAACCAGCUCCAGUAUACAAAAUUUGUAUUUGAAGUAUUGGAUCCUCCUCCUCCAUCGGUAUUAAAUUGCAGUGUCACUAAUGGUCAGAUUAGAAUAUUGUGUGCGGUACAUUUCUCAAAGGAUGUGCGCUACAGUUGGUAUCGGGAUGACAUAAAAAUUAUUCAUGCUAAUAAUCCUGUUCUCGAACUUAAAGAAAACGCAAACCCUUCAGAGAAAGUUUUCUGCAUCAAAGAAGUCUCCAAAACAAAAAUCAACGACUCAAUCUCUCUGAGCGCGUGCUUCUCGGAGAGUCCCAACAUUCUUUCAAGAGGUAGAGAUGGUUUAAUAGCAAUUUUUGUUGUUCUUCUUCUUCUCCUUCUAUUCAUGGGAGCACUCCUCUUUCUAUGGAGAAAAGGUUUGCUUUCCAAUGUUCUCCAUCAGAUACCCACAAAUCACUCAGCUGUAUAUAAGACUGAAGAACAACAUCUUACAGAAGAUGACAGAUUUCCAGAAGAAAGCGGCCAAAAAGAUGAAGUGAAGAACUCAGAAGAGACUAAAUCAGUGAGCCAGCAUGACCUUUCCUCCACUCAAGAGAAUGCAGAUUAUGAAAAUAUCACAAAGGGGAAUCAGGAGCCAGGAUGCUUUAUUUGGCCAUUGGGGUUUGCCAUGGUGUUUGAGCCAUGUUUGGAGAUCUUAAACAGCAAAGGGACGCAGACUAACAACACAAUAGACUAAACUCCAUUGCGGAGUGACAAAAGAGAUUGAGAGAAGAAAUGGAACAAGUAUCUUGUGGAUGUCAUCAAUGAGUGCUUGAGUUCUCCCUAACAAAAGUGUUUUGAAGAUUCGUGUAUUUGUUCUCAAGCUUCCAGCAAUGCCCACUUUUAUCUUUCGAGGGCAGAUGCCCUCUUUCUUCAAUGUUGGUUAUUUUGAAAAUGGACAAUGAGUCAAGGAGCAAAUCCCUUUGCAUCCGUGCUUUUUUUUAUACUUUUGUUUUACAAGCAAGCAAACGUGAAACAUAGGAGCCAGGUUUAUUUAUGCCAAUAUUUCCAGACAUUAACUAACACAAGUGAAUGUAGACAAAUCAAAAACUAAUCGACAUGAUAUACAACUCCAACUGUAACAUUAUUUACAUUCAAAGGAGAAGAGUAUUCAGAGGGGCGACUCUCAUUUUCUCCGCCUCCCUAUCUGAAAGAAAAGGCCACAAUGACACUGUCCAUGCAUAGAUGAGCAACAGCUUUCCUGGCUCUUGUUUCUUCCAGAAAGCACCACCAUCACCCUCCACCCCCACCACUAAGUUCUAAUUUUUUUUUGAAUAGCAAAAGGUGGACGCACCUUCUAGCUCAGUGGACAUGGUAUCAACUCGGCUAGAGUAAAUGGCACAGUGGUUCUCAAACUGUGGGUCAGGCCCAAAAGUGGGUCAUGACCCUGUUUUAAUGAGGUCGCCUGGACUGGCGUUAGACUUGCUGGGGUCUGGGGCUGAAGCCAAAGUCUGAGUCCCACUGCGCAGGACGGGGGCUGAAGCCAAAGCCCAAGGGCUCGGGCUAUAGCGCCCUCCUCCCAUCCCCGCUGCCCACCCAGAGGGGCAAGGCUCAGGCUUCCGUCCCUCUUCCUGGAGUUGUGUAGUAACUUUUGUUGUCAGAAGGGGGUCGCGAUGCAAUGAAGUUUGAGAACCCCUGCUACCCAAACAAUGUAUCCUCAGACUCUAAGGUAAGUCUCAAGAGCAAUUGCGUUUGUGGCGCCCACAACUGUGUCAGAACAGCUGAUCUAAAAGCAUCAGCACAGACACUUCAUUCACUAUCAGAAGGAGAUUAUCAACCAAUGAAACCAGUACAGUCUCUGUGCCAAACCCAGGUCUCAAAUCUAUGCAAGUCAGGGCUUUGAUGUAUGAAGUUAGGCACCCAAAAAAUCUACAUACUUUAGAGCAGUGGUUCUCUAACUUUUUUUUUUGCGGACCACUUGAAAAUUGCUGUGGGUCUCAGUGGGCCACUUCAUGAUCUUUCCAAAUGUUGUUUGUACCGUGAGCUAACUAUUGUAAAGAGCUUUGGAUUAAAAAAAACCUUAAUUAACAUUUUUUUGUUCUACAAAUAAAAGCACACAACUCAUAUUUUAA